AUGGUGAUUAUGGAUGAAGUCACAGUACAGAGUAGAGAGAGCGAGAGUGGAAGUGCGGAGAGACGGCCCUUUGGGCAACAAACAAGGAAAAAAAAAAAAAAAAAAAGGAACGAAGCAGAAGACGAGGAAGAAAAAGCAAGCAGCCAGGCGAGCGAGCGAGACGGCGAUGAUGAUGAUGAUGAUGAUGAUGGUGGUGGUGGAAGUGAAGUGAAUGAAGAAUCAACCAGGACGGGCUCCUCCAAUAAAGACGGCUGGCCGGCGAUGACUUACAGCCCUUCCCGCCUGCAGAUAAUCAAAUCACAGCGCGCUACGCAGAGAAGAGCGAAAUCCGACCUGUCCAAGAGUCAAAGAGUUUGGGCUUUGAUACAAUUGACUUUUCACGGAUCCACGGGAGAGGGAGCAGGAGAAAAGGACGAGGCCAGAGGCUGGGACGGGAUCAGGGGCAAAGGCAGCGGCGGCCAGGGACAGGAACGGGACCUGAGACAUGGAGACGAGGAGACGAGGAGACGCAGGAGACGCAGAAAGAGACGACGAUGCUGGAUGAUGGAGGUCGUUGGAGAUGCGUCUCCCGCGUACGACAGACUCUCCCCUCUCCGGCGUCAUGCGUCUUACCCAGGCGACGUUGGACAGGUUUGCUGGGCCCCAGAAUAUCCCCGACGGCCGAGUAGGACGGAGGGAAGGGCUGUAGGACGAGGACAAGAGACAGAGACGGGACAGCAAGGAGGGAGACGGCGUGGUACGAUGAUGCAGAGAGUGCAUCAAGAGCAGGGCAGAGAGAUGUCACCAGCAGCAGCAUCAUUCAUCAGCUUCUCCCACGAAUCUGCCCACGAGUUAUCCACGAGUAGGCCAUGGGCAGCCAGAGACGAGACAAGCCUGAGGAACGAGCGAGUCGUCCUGCCUGUCGAUCACAUCCACACGCAACUCGCACCAUCUGGCUCUGAAACACACAUCAAUGGGGAAGCGUUGGUGGCCUGCAGAAGCGCAACCAACAGCUCUUACAACCUAACAUCGCAUGCAGAGGGGGGGACCACUUCUUGGUGCAUUUCACGCGAUACGCAGGAUACUUUUACCAUCUUUAGGCGCGAGGGAACUGGUGGAAGAAUAUACUUAGGUAUCGAGCAAAACCGCCCAAAGAGACGACAGGAAGACAUCUCCACCAGGGGGUCCCGGCCUAUCUUUCCGGACCGGAGAAUUAGCUACAGACUUAGCCAGCAGGCCUAA